AUGGUAGUGAGCGCACAGCCGUGGAACGUUGGUUUGUGUGUCACCGGCGAUGAUUUUGGCGGAAUACGUCACUUCAAUGCUAGGCAGUACCCAUGCCCGAAAACAUCAAAGGAACGACAACAAGCACUUUUCGAGACUAUAGCUCGUAUCCAAGAUCUCAAAACUGUCAUCGAUAGCACGCAAGAGCAUCGAUUUCAAAUUCUGACAAACGUCGCUAAAGAUCUGCCGGGAUGGUUGAAGAAGGUGCACCUACAAAAGGCCAUUUACAGCACGUUGAAUAGGUUCACGGUAGACACAAAUGGUUUUUUGGCAGCUCAAUGCUGGAUUCCGGAAAGGGAAAUGGAUACUGUUCAUUUAGCGUUGUGUGAUGGAUUGAAGGCAAGUGGUUCCGAUGUGUCUCCUAUCCUAAACGAGAUGGUUCCUCAAGGGCCGCCGCCCACUUACCAUCGCACUAACAAAUUCACCUCGGUGUUCCAAUCAAUUGUGGAUUCAUAUGGUGUGGCAACUUAUAGAGAAGUUAAUCCUGCUCCCUUCACUAUUAUCACCUUUCCCUUCCUAUUUGGUGUUAUGUUUGGUGAUGCUGCACAUGGACUGAUAUUAUUUUUGGCUGCCAUAUCAAACAUUUUUUAUGAGUGCGGUCGAUAUAUUAUAAUUUUAAUGGGCCUGUUUUCCAUCUACACAGGAAUAUUGUAUAACGAUGCGUUUGCCAAGUCCAUAAAUGUAUUUGGCAGCUCUUGGGCUAACCCAUACAAUAAGAGUGAGAUUGAUUCGUGGCUUCAGCCAAAGUCAGACGCUCAGGAGCUGAGGCUUACGACGGUAACACUUGAUCCAGCAACGGCGUUUUUGAAAGAGCGUGGACCCUAUCCAAUGGGAGUAGAUCCCGUAUGGAAUAUUGCUGUCAACCGGCUGUCGUUUUUGAACUCGAUGAAGAUGAAAAUGUCAGUGAUUAUUGGAGUGCUUCAGAUGACAUUCGGCUUAUUCUUGUCAUUCCUGAACCAUGUGUUCUUCAAAUCCAAAGUGGACAUCUUAACAAAUUUCAUACCUCAGAUGGUCUUUAUGGGUUGUAUUUUUAUUUAUCUUUGUGUACAGAUUGUGGCUAAAUGGGUGUUCUUUUCCGUUGAAAAAGGCAUCGUUCUAGGAAUGGAGUAUCCUGGUAAGUUGGCGUUUUUUCUUAUGCUUCCAAACCCCUUUCACAUGCGAGCUGCCUCAUCUGUCAAAUAG